AUAACAAACGAGACAAAUGUCUGAAAAAUGAGUCGGUUAGUUGUCAAAACAUGUGGUUCUUAUUUUAAUUUCGUCAUCUCUAAUGUCAAAGUCUGAAUAAAUAACCUAUUCCACUCCAUUCUUUCGAAUCCAUUUUUAAAAAUACAGGUCUGCCUGUUGUUUAACUAAUAUAUGAUGAUAUUGCAAAAACGCAUUGUAAAUUAUGUAAAAAAGUAUUCAACGUCCUCUGAAAAUACAAAGAAUAAGACAUCGUCUACUAUUGCCUCCAGACUUAUUAAUCCUGAACUAUAUAUUAAACCAAACAAGCAUGUUAUAAAUUUUGGAAUUGCUGCUCUUGCAGGUUGUGUUAUGUACCUUGUUUACAUGAUAGCUACAGCAGAUCAAAACAAAGGAAAGCAAAAAACUCUCUCACAGAAUACACAAAAUAUUCGCAACAAGUGGGACUAAUUUUAAAACUAAACUUCAUCGGAUAUUUAAAAAUGAAUCGUGAUUUUUUUAAUUUUUUUCAAAAUAAUGUUUUUUAUAAACUGUUUCGGUUUAAACCAGGAUUUAGACAUUGGUAUGCUCUAGGUUAUACAUCUAGGUUUUUGUAUGUUGGAAUUAUAAGUGGUAUUUGCAGCUUGAUUUGGUUAGUUAUUCACAGGUUUAUGCAAGGCAAAGAUGAAAAAUAUAAAAAAAUGUAUCAAAUUGAUUAUAUAGAGAAAAAAGCAUUAUGUGAAAGAAGAAAAAAAGGACUACCUCCUGGCCUAAUUAAUGAUGGAAAUUCUUGCUUUUCAAAUUGUAUUUUGCAGGCUUUAUCCUCAAUGCCUCAAGUUGAAUUAUGGAUGCAAAAUAAAUUAGAAGAGACUUUGGGAGAUAAUUGUUAUACAAUAUUAUCCAGUGUCUUCAGUUUAAUUAAAGUUUUAUCAAACAACUGUGGAAAUGAAGAUUACUACUCAACAGAAGAUAUUUUAUGCUCAUUAAAUUCAUAUGGUUGGGUAAUAUCUGGUGACCAACAAGAUGCGUAUGAAUUUUAUCAAAUUCUUAUAGCAACCAUAGAAGAAGAGGUCUUGAAACUUGUUAGGAUUGAUGACUUGUUUAUUAAGAUGGCUCCUUUAAAUGCAUACCCACGAAUCUUAAAUCGCGCCUGCAAAAGUUUGCCAAGUCAAAAAGGAAACAAUAAUCCAUUUAAAGGCUCAUUUGCAAUCAGAAUGACUUGUUUUGCAUGCAUGUCACAGAAUCCUGUGAAAUUUGAAACAUUUGGCAGUAUUAGUUUGAGUCUCCAAAACAUAAAACUGUAUUCUGCGACGCUUGAAGCUUGUUUUAAUGAGUGGUUCAAACCAGAAUUUUUACACAAUGUGGAUUGCCAGGUUUGCUCAGAGAAAAAUAAAAAAAACACAAAGACUAUAUUUUCAAAACAAAUCUCGUUUGCUAAGCUUCCAGAAUGUCUAUGCAUACAGCUUCAACGUAGUUCUUACAAUUCAAGUGGAUAUUUACAAAAGUGCGACAUGUUUAUCAAUUUUCCAGAGGUGUUAGAUUUGUUUCAAUACACAUACAUUGCAUCAAAAACUAGUAAAAACGCAACGAACACAAUUUGCUUACCGCCAGCAUCACGAAAUCAAUCAACAAUUUACAAGUUAUCAUCUUUGGUGACGCAUUAUGGUAAUACCAAUCAAGGUCAUUUUGCAACAUUCAGACGUCUUUCUGACAAGCGUUGGGUAUAUAUUUCAGAUCAAAGUGUUAUUGUGAAAUCAGUUUCUGACGUUUUUAGUUCUGAUGCUUAUAUGUUGUUUUACGAAAAAAUUUCUAAAUGAUUUUAA